AUGUCUCUCAGGGAGACUUCAAGCAGACGGACACAGUUCAUGACACCAGAUCAGCGUUCAUCUCCCACAAGCCCACAGACGCAGACUCUGCACUACAGCCAGCAGGUGAGCAGUGUUAGCGACAAGGAAACAGCAGAGGAAGUUGAUCAGAGGAGGCAGCCGCAGCGACGAUUACCAGCAGAGUCGACGAACAAGAAGAAAACAACGAGUCCGCUUUGA